CUACAACCCCCAGACGGCCAGGCGGCAGAGGUGGCUGAGGGGUAGCGCGAUGUUUGUGGCGGUGGAGGCUGGCUGCUGCUCUAUAUCACUGGCUGCGGAGCUGCUCCCGCUCCUGCUCUGGCCUCAGGAUGAUCGUGGCUCCGGCGGCCGAGAGAAACAAGGAGCCCAUCCUGGCUGUCAUCCGGCAGCAGCUGAGACCCCGAGCGCCGGCGCUGGCGCUGGAGUUAGCCUCAGGAUCCGGGCAGCACCUGAUGCACUUCGCCCAGGCUCUGCCCAACGUAGUGUGGCAGCCGUCUGAAGUGGAUCCCCGGGCCCUGGAGAG